AUUUUCCAGGUACCUCAUUGUUUGAAAUGAGGCUUUUAAGAUGUUGAACAGAUGAUGUUUUUGAUUUUUACCUAGAGGCAAAUAAGUUCUAUUAAUUUUUGUAACUUUUAGUAAGAAAAGUUGUAAAUAUUCAUAUAAUUAAUUUAAUAUUUAAUGGACUCAAGUGAGUGUCAUAACCGGCUUGAUGUAUCCAGCAAGUCAUCUCAGUCCAGUAAUGGCAGCAGUGCAGUUCCUAAAGUGGUCACAAUUGAGUGGCACAUGCUUGACAAGGAGAAAUUCUUUCCGCUGUCAUUAACUUCAAGUUUCUGCAUCCGCAGUCUCCUUUACCCUCUCACUGUUGUCAAAACAAAAAUACAGGUACAGCGACACAAUAGUAUCUACAAAGGGACCUUUGAUGCACUAUGGAAGAUAUCCAUGACAGAAGGCAUUCAUGGCCUAUACAAGGGCUUCUGGGUCAGCACCUUCCAGUUAUUCUCUGGCCUUGCAUACAUAACAAGUUACGAGAGUGUGCGCGAGAUGCUGCUGCGACAAGGUGUCACGGACAGCCGGCUGCGGGCGCUGUGUGGUGGGGCUGCUGCUUCGGUUGUUAGUCAGUCCAUUAUUGUCCCCUUCGAUAUUGUCUCCCAGCACAUGAUGGUCAUUGGCCAGAAACAUGGAAGAUCAGUGCUGAACCCACUUAAAAUUGAGUAUCAGAGAGCCAAUAGCCGUGAGCUGGCGACGAGGUUGAUACGUGCCGUGUACACGCAGUCCGGCGUUCUGGGCUUCUAUCGCGGCUAUUUUGCAUCUCUGCUUAUUUACGUGCCUAACAGCGCCAUGUGGUGGACCUUGUAUCAUACUUACCAAGGUGUCCUGCCCCAGCUAUUGCCCACCGCCACUCCCGCCCUGGUGACCCAAUGUCUCUCAGCCUCGCUGGGAGGCGCUACCACCGUCAUCCUCACAAACCCUCUGGACCUCCUCAGGGCCAGACUACAGGUUCACGCAUCAGACAACGUGACGCUGACGUCGACGCUACGGCACCUGUGGAAGGAGGAGCGCUGGCUCGUCUUCUCCAAAGGGCUGUCGGCGCGCGGCAUCCAGAGCGUCGUGCACAGCUCCAUCAUCAUCGCCGGCUACGAGACCGUCAAGCGCCUCUCAAUACACGGCGACUACCAGCACCUCGUGCGCUGGUGACCACCGAGUAGCGCUCUUUCUGGGGAAACUCUGUUAUUUUGAUUACUGUGUAUGUAUAUGUGAUACCCUGGAGCCCGAAUAAUUUUUCGACUCGCAUUUUCAUUAAAUGCUCUAUUAUUUUUAUUAGUACUUUUAUAUUUUUCCUUGCUUGCCAAACAUCAUAAUUUAUAGCAAAGCUUUGCUGAUCUUCAUUCUUCCUUGCUGCUGUUACUAGUAUAUCUUAUUGACAAGGUCUGAUUAUUGAGCAUCUGUAUGACAAAUUCCAGCAGCACAUGCGCCGCGCUUACCCUUCCCAAGCUUGGUACAAAGUUGCGGCUCUGUGCUAGAGAUGCAACUUAGUUAAGGGGCUAAGGGCCCAAGGAAAAUUAAUAUCUCUGUGUAAUAAUGUUUUUAGGUUUGUCGCAUUUUAUGUGCCACAUUUCUUCAAGAAACCUCGAUUUAUUCCUUCAUGGGGCAUCAUGAGUUAUUUAUAUGCUGUAUUUUCAGCAUUGAUUGGGUCAGUUAAUCUUCUUGGGGGUUUUAAUUUUUCGGUGGAUUUUAAUUAAUGGGUGUCUGAUUUCCUUUUGAUUAUUGUAGGUAAAUGUACCUCCGAGGCUUUCUCAUUAAUACGCAUUAACUCGUACAUGAACAAUAAAGGAUUACUGGAUAACGACCCCGUUUGAGAACUGAUCCACUAUUCGUAGCUUUGCAGGUGUAAUUAGCUUGUAUUUUAGCUGGUUAUUUGAUUCAAUUUGUAUAUAGCGUUUCGAGAUUUUUGAAAGGUUUAUUUGAACGUUCAACUAUUACUGAGAGUCUGCUGUAGAAAUGUAUAAACCAUUGUUUCAAAUUGAACCGCCGCAAUAGUUUUUUGUACAGUCUUACUGUUGGAGCUAAUUUACUGGGUUAAAUUAAGUAAAGACCAUAUUUUUAUUUUUUUCCCAUUGACAUCUUUGUUUUAUGCGAAUUUGUACUAGGUACUGUGCCCAAUUUGUGAUGUAAUUGUGCAUAUUCAGUCGUACUUCUGUUGUAGGCAUUUCCUCUGUAUCAACAGAGGCUAAGUCUGUUCAGAAAAUAGCGUUUUUCCAAGUAUUUGCCAAUUUUCAAUGCGCCUGAUACUCAGCAGUGUAUAAUUCCUGUUCUAAUUAGUUGUUGUUAUUGAUUCGUUGUGUUGAACUUUUACAAGGAUUUUUUAUCGUUGCUCUGAUCCUUAGUGCUUGAUUCCGCUCUCAAUUGCGAGUAUUUCUACCCUUGAGAGCAGAAUACCGCCAUGAUCUCGAGUGUAUUUUCAGCAAUUAUUUCAAUUAGGGAAGUCCAGAAAGCUUUCUUUAAUACUCUGAAUAAUUUGAUCGUCAAUCUAUAGAACUAUAUUCUUCUAACUUGAGUUUUUAGGAUCGGAAUUAUCUGUUUAUAAUUUAAAAAGGGAGUUUUGAACGUGCGAAUGAACGGGCAUAAAUAAAAAAAAUUUUGUGCCUGCAGUUCAUCCUCUUGUGUGCUUGUAGUCAAUGCCGUCUCUUUUUCUCUCGUUAUUUCUAUAAUUUUAUUAGACCUCGAUUCGCGUAUACUUAUAAGCAUUAUAACACCUCCUGAAGGUGGUGCUUGUAAAGUACGUAUUCAAUCGAAUAUUUCUCAGCAGUUAUCAGGUUGACAUCGACUCGGAUUGAUAUUAAUUUGAAAUAUGACAUUUGACACCUGAUAACUUGUUCUGUAACGCUGUUCAGCAGGUCCUGUAAACUAACGUUCAUUGGCUGUAACGCCACCAAGCAUUUAGUGACGUUAAUUCAGAGCCUCUGAUACCAUAAUUAAAUUUGUUACAAAUAUGUACCCUCGUAUCGUUUAAUGGUAUAAUUGCGACGGUUCUUCAGCGUUGUGAUCUCGCCAUUACACUAAGGGUGUUUUUGUAGUGACGACACCAUGAGUGUUGUAAUCCCUUGCUCAGGGGCCGUACUAUCAAAAAAUUAGAUGAGUACUCACUGCAGUGAGUGACAG